AUGUCAGGUCGAUAUGGCGUCCCCGCGGCGCAGGAGCUGCGGCUCGCCAAAAAGGGGUCCACCCCGGGCGUGAUGCGUCGUACUGCGGUGCUCAAUCCGGCCGACCGUGGCCUGCUGCGAGACCACAACCUCCGCCUCGUCCUGCCCGGAUGGUCGCCCCCGUUGUUGGUCGCGUUCCGCAUGAUCAUCCUCGUGCGGUUCUUUGCAGCCAUGUACACCUCCCUCACCGGCUACGAGGAGGCGUUCGACCACUGGGAGCCGCUACACUACCUCGUGCGCGGCCACGGGUUCCACUCGAGGAGCUACUCGGCCGACCACCCGCUGCAGUCCUAUGUCCUGCUCGUCCUCGCCGCCAUCCCUGCGCGCAUCGGAUCUCUGUCCAACUAUUCGAACAAGGUCAGUUCAGCCAGAGUGUCCCAGGUGCGACGCUUUCCACCGACUGACGCGAGAUUUCACCUCCGCAGCGCGUGUGCUUCUUCCUCGUGCGACUCGUGCUCGGCACCUUGUCUUCUUACGCCGAGGCCUUCUUCUACCGCGCCGUCACGGACCAUGUCUCGCCUCAUGUCGGACGAUACGUUCUGUGGGCGCUCAUCUUCUCUUCCGGGUUCUACGAAGCGGCCACGUCCUUCGUCCCCGCGACCGCCGCGCUCUUCUUCGUUCUGCUCGCCUCGGCCUUCGCACUUCGUCCCGCAGACGUCACCACUCGACGGAUCGUCAUGCUCGUCACGGGCUUUGUGGCCGCUUCCUUCAUCUCGACGCCCUUGGUCGCAUUGCUCGCAGCGCCUUUCGUUGUCGAGCAACUGUUGAUGCAGGGCACCGAGCAAAAGAUCCCGGCCGGGCAGUCCGCGGCUACCAUGGCGGACAGGGCCGGUCAGCUCGGCUUAGCACUUGCUGCAAGUGCAAGUGUCUUGGUGAGUUGGCAAUUGGAGGCGACAUGGUACUGGAACGAGUGUUGACCCACCGAUAAUUAUGCAUCACCAGUUACCGAUUGUGCUCUUCGACUCACGAGCCUAUGGACAAUUCACGAUCGUGCCUCUGAACGUGCUCAAGCAAACCCUCGCCACGACGUCAUUUUCGCCCAACCUCGCGACCUUGUCCUACUACCUGUACCACUCGCUGCUCCAGCUCAACGUUCUUCUCCCUCUCGGCCUUCUCUCCCUUCCCGCUUUGGCCAUCACCGUCAGGGUCGACCCCAAGCGAUUCGGCGAUUUGCGCGAUCGUCUUCCUGGACAGACCCACCCUGCUCUGUCCUUGGCUCUUCGACUUGUCCCCAUGCACGUCUGGCUCGUCGCGCUCUCGAUGCAACCUCGACGUGACCCGACUUUGCUCUUCCCCGCUUUGCCAUUCUUCUUGCUCAAUGGCACCACAACGAUCUACUUUGCAAGGUGCUGGGUCGAACAGGCGUACCUGUCCGUCACCAAGUCCCCCUACAAGGUUCGUCCUUGUCCGUGACUCGUUCUCUUUGCUUGCUCGGUGAGCUUACAGGUCAUCUUUAUGCUCGUACAGUCGACUAAGACGGUCCUCUUUGGCAACGUCACGCGCGGAUUCAUGUUCGUAACGUGCCUGCUCUCAUUCGCUCGCAUCCGAGCAGAGUACGAGCACUUCCACGGUCCUUUGAUGAUCUACGCUCACCUGCAAAAUUACGAGCUCCCUCGCUUGGCCAUUUCGCGUUUCCCCGGAGCGUACGGCAAGAAGGCUCCCGAUCCGACCCUGCCUCGACUCAACUUUAGCAUUGCGCUUGACGAAUGCGAAACGGUGAUUCCGCUCGAUCGCUUGAGCGAGUUCCACCUCCGCUUGUGCUUAGGUGCCGAGGCGAAGCGUUUCCCCAGUCACUUCUUGGUCCCUGAUCAGCUCGAUGUCAAGUUCAUCGAAGGUGUCGAGGGCCAUGUGCCGCAACCUUGGGUCCCGAGUGGUGGGUCGGGGUUGUGGGGGCGUGCGACGAACAUCAGCCCGAGUCGAACGCAGGUUUUGGAGGGAUUGGUAAGUUGAGAAGCCCCGGGCAGGAGUGUCUCAUUUCACUGAGCUGAUUCCGUCUUUUUUGACAGGUGGAGGAAUCGACAUGUCACUAUGUGAUCGACGUAGACGAGCCCGAUACGGCCAAAGCCCCUCGGUUCGCCUACUCCGAGUGGGACCGCGUGCUGUGCAUGCCGAUGCUCGACGUCGCCAAGUCGUCCACCUGGGCCACCAAGUGGAAGUUGCCCUUACCGGCCAGUUGGCAAGGACAGACGACGUACAACGAGUACUGUUUGCUGAGAAGUAAAAAGUUGUUAUAG